AUGGUGGGGGUUCUCGAUCGUGCCGCCAUAAUUCCCCAACCUCGCCGGCUUCCUAAAGAAGUUCGACUCGGAUCCUCGCCUACAGCGCUCCGUCGCCCAUCACACCGCCUCCUUCCCCCAAAAUGCGCCAUCGCCUCCCCCACCUCGCUCCCUCCUUCCCUCAGCCUCGCCGUCACCCUCUCCGGCCCACCGCCCCACCCUUGGGGCGCCGCCACCCACCUCCUCCUCCGCUCGCCGGCGGACCCACCGUCGACGAAACCCAUCUCCAAGCGGAAGUUCCUCGAGAACCUUCGCACUGCUCCGCCCCCUUUUCAGGAUCGAGUCGUACAAGAGCUGCUACUGUUGAUCCUCGAACCGAUAUUUGAGCCCAAGUUCUCGCCCAAGUCUCAUGCUUUUCGCCCCGGGCGAAGUGCGCAUACUGUGAUUAGGACUAUUAGGAGUAACUUUGCAGGGUAUCUUUGGUUCUUGAAGGCGGAUAUUACAGACAUUGCUGAUAAUUUGGAUUCGGAUGUUAUCAUGAGUUGUUUGGAGAGGAGAGUGACUUGUAGGAAAGUUUCGGGUUUGGUUAGAUCCGCUUUAAAAUUGCCCGUUAGGGUUGUUGAUAAGGGAGAGGAGGAGAAGGAUAGGUUGACGAAGAAGAGGUUGAAGAGGAAGGUUUUGAGGAGGAAGAGGAAGAAGAAGGUUUUGAAUGAGAAUGAGCCGAAGCCGGAUCCUUAUUGGUUGAGGACGUUCUUUAGUUUCGCGCCUAAGGAAGCGGAGUGGGUACCUGAGUAUGGGCAUUGUGGGAUUUUGAGCCCGUUACUUGCGAACGUGUGUCUUGAUGAGCUGGAUAAGUGGAUGGAGGAGAAAAUUGAGAAGUAUUUUAGGCCUUCGAAGCUUGAUGCAAUAUGGAAGGAGUCUAUGGAUGAGGGUUGUCAUAAUCCCGCUUGGCCUGAGUUUGUGCCUUCGAGUGGGAGGGAAAAGACCAGGAGAAUGGAUUAUGUGAGAUAUGGAUCUCAUAUCUUGAUUGGGCUUCGUGGGCCGAGAGAGGAUAUGGUGGAGAUUAAGAAUGAGCUUGUUGAGUUCUUGGAGAGUAAAUAUGGAUCAAAAUUGGACAAUUCAAAAGUUGAGAUUGAGCAUGUAACAAGGGGGAUUGAGUUCUUGGAUCAUGUAAUAUGUAGACGAGUGAUUCACCCGACACUUAGGUACACUUCAACCGGUGGCAAAAUUGUGAGUGAGAAAGGUGUAGGAACUUUGCUCUCAGUGACUGCAAGCUUGCAACAGUGCAUAAGACAGUUUAGGCGCCUAGAGCUCGUAAAGGGAGAUAAAGAUCCUGAGCCAUUGCCAUGUAUACCUAUGCUUUAUGCAGGACAGGCUCAUACCAAUUCACAGAUGAACAAGUUUCUUGAAACUAUGUCCGAUUGGUUCAGAUAUGCAGAUAACAGAAAGAAAGUUGUUGGCUUUUGUGCCUAUGUCAUUAGAAGCUCUCUAGCCAAGCUCUAUGCUGCAAGGUAUAGAUUAAAGUCUCGAGCAAAGGUGUAUAAGAUCGCCGCCCGUGACCUCAGUAGGCCAUUGAUAGAGAGUACGAGGAAUGAUGCUCCCGAGUAUUCUGAUCUUCUGAGAAUGGGGCUUGUUGAUGCCAUUGAUGGUGUUCAAUUUUCCCACAUGUCAUUGAUACCGUCAUGUGAUUAUACUCCAUUUCCUAGGAAUUGGAUACCUGAACAUGAGCAGGUGUUGAGGGAGUAUAUCAAACUGCAAGAUCCUAAAUUCUUUUGUGAAUUGCAUAAGUCUGUGAAAAGGAAAGAAUUAAGUUUGCCUCAGGAUGAUAUCGCGAAGAUUGUUUGGCAUUACAAGGUUUGUGGGGUUCAUAGUAGUAAACCUCGUAGGAAAAUUCAAAAUCUUGAGAAUUUUGAUGAGGUUCCCAAUGAUAACAAAAUUGGUUAUGUUGUUGUAUAGUUGAAUCGGCAUUAGUUUGUUAUACCAUAACCUUUGCAUUUAGUUCACAAUGUGAGUUGCAUUAUGAUGCGUGUGCUCAUUAGUAGAAUGGAGAAACAUGAAAGAUUAAGGUGGAGUCAAGAAACAAACAGACAAGAGGCAAGUUCCUCCAGAAAUUCAUCUCUGUAACCUAGCUCUCCAUUUAAUUUAUACAAGUCUAUAGCACUACGCUUAACUCUGCAUAAUCUUAAUCUCUAAGGGGGGUUACUAUGCUGCAAUGCAGGCCACAGACUUCAUGGCUCAUAUCCGCCUAUAAUUUCAGGUUGGUUCUACCAGAUAAAGUUCCUUGUUCUAGAGCGAUGCUGUUGAUAGUACCAUCUUUACAAAAUGCAGUAGUAAACAAACUUCAAAUUAAUUUAAUAAUUUUAAAAUAUCCAGUGUCUCCUUAUCUGCAGUGAAUGCUAACAAUUUUGGCCUCUGGUUGCUCAAAGGUAAUUUUAUAUUUGGUUCUAUUUCUUUCUAUGAACUUAUGCAUCAAUAAAGAAGCAGUAACAAAAUAUUUCCUGCCAACUAUACUAUUUUGGAUGUUAUCGGAGCUUGUAUUACCUAGUAGUUCGUUUUUUUUCUAAUUUUUUGGCUUGCAUCAGGAUGACCACAGAUAUCACUAUUAUACAUUUUCCUUGCUCCAGAAAAAUUAAAUUUACUCCUUGAUACAAUAUUCUGAAGAUUAAACUUCCAAGCAUCAUAUAAUUAAUGUUGCACAAUCAUUUCAGGGAGAGAAUCAAUUUGAAACAGUGGUAUUUGCUUCCAUGAUUUCUGCAGUAAAAGUAUUAAAGCAAACUUUGAUUGCGUCAACCCUGACCUGCAGUGGGGAUCUUUUUAACCGAUAUAUCAUUUCAGUGGAAGAGCAAACUCGAAGCUUCUUCAUGAUGGAUCAUUUUGUUUGUGCUCUGAUUUGGACCUGACUAUGUCCCGGUUAUUGGUUGCUUGCUUCGUGAUUCAUGGAUACAAUACAUGCAGAUGAUGUAGAAAAAUAAUAUAUCCUGAAACUCAAUGACAGGCUCUAACAAUUCCCAGGUGGACAAGUUUCUCGAGACUAUGGCAAAUUGGUUCAAAUAUGCAUGCAACCAAAAGAAAGUUGUUGGCCUUUGUGCUGAUGUCAUAAGGAGCUCUCGACCAAGCGUUAUGCUGCAAAAUAUAGAUUAAAGUCUCGAGCAAAGGUGUAUAAGAUAUCCCCCAUGGCUUCAGUCAGCCGUUGACAAAGAGCACGAGAAAUGAUGCUUCCGAGUAUUCUAAACCAAUGCAGAUUAGAUGAUGCUAAUAACAGUAUUCAAUUUCUUGUAUGUCAUCGAUACCAUCAGAUAAUUUUACUUCAUUUCCUAGGAAUGUAGUAUUUGACCAUGAGUGGGUUUUGAGAGAGUAUAUCAAAUUGCAAGAUCCUACCGGAAGUCUGUAAAGCUGCAAGAAUUAAGCUUACCUCAGAAUGUCAUAUUGAAGACUGUCUGGAACUACAAGGUUUGUGGGGUUCAUGGUAGGGAUCUUUGUUGAUGUUGAGAAUUUUGAUGAGGUUCCCCAGUUAUAAGAAAAUUGGUUAUGUUGUGUAGUUGAGUAAGCAUUGCUUUGUCAUACAGCAUAUAAAUUUCAUUAUGUGAAAUUGUGAAUUAUAUUAUGAUUUCUUUGCUCCUCAGUACAAUGGAGAAGCAUGAAAGAUUAAGGUGAAGAUAGCAGCAAAUGUAAUGAUUGUUGUUUGAGCAAAAGGAUGUUACUGUGGUGUAUUGCUGGACAAAAACAUCAGAGCUCAUUUACACAUGUAAUGUCAGGGAGACGAUUCACUUAAACCAAUUAUCUUUGCUCCCAUGAUUCCCACUAUAAGAGCAUUGAGGCAAACUUCAAUGCGUGGAAAAUGAAUUGUCGUUAGGAUUUUCUCAAUUCAGUUUAUCAUUUCAGGAAAAUUUAACAGCAAGGAGGAGCUAAUUGCAGUCUCUAAGACCCAAGGUCCAACAUCCGUCAUUCCUCUUAUUUGAUCAGUGCUAACAUGACACUACAAUACACAAAUGGGCGGUCUCUUCAAUAGAUGCUCAUGUCGGCAUAGUAUGCACUCUUGGCACAACUAUUGUGACAAAGUAAUUUUCAUCCGGUGGAGUCACUGAAUCAAAAAAUUUCUUGCCUAUAAAGUGGGUAUUUGUUUGAAGAAUCAAUAAAUUGUUAAAGCUAUAAGAUCUCAGAUGGGAAAUCCACGAGUUUUGCGUUGUAUUUUGGCUUUUGGUUUUGAUAAUUGAUUGAAAAUGGCCCCGUACCUGA